AAUGAAGCGUUGCUGAAGCCACUGAAGGAAACCGAAGCUAAGCAGGAAUCUCCAAGGGGAGCGGAGUGUGAACGUCUUUUCUCCCCCCCCCGUCCCAAGCCUCCACAACUCCUGCUGUGGAUUACCAAGGUGGCCCCCACGGCUCCUUCUGCCCCCUUCCUCCUUGGCGGGAGUUGUGGGGAAAACGCCAGGCGGCUGCAGCCCCAGUUUCUUCUCGGCCGCCUUCUUUUCCUUUCCUCAGCCCAAAGAGGAACCUGCUCGCCCCCCAUCCCCAGUCAAGCGGGAGCUCGCACCGCUUGCCGCCAUCGCCACCAGCACCGCCGCUGCCGCUGCUUUUGCCCUUGCCGUGAUGCCAUGCCCCGCAGCUACAGCGGAGGAGAUGACAAGGGCGGCUCCGCCGGGAUCUGGUUAAAGAGCAGCUCGGCAGGGCGCUACGGCUGCAGCAGCAGUAGCAGCAGCAGCGGAAUGAAGGAUGUGGAGUCCGGUCGCAGCAGGGUGCUCCUGAACUCGGCGCCCUCCCGAGGGGACGGCUUGCUCCUCCUGGGCACCGGCGGCGGGUUUGGCUUGCGAGAGAGCCGGCGAGGCAAGCGAGGAGGAGCCCGGAUGAGCCUGCUGGGGAAACCGCUCUCCUACAGCAGCAACCCGAUCUACCGGCGGAACGCCAAGUACCGGAAGCUGCAGAACUAUCUCUACAAUGUACUGGAGAGACCUAGAGGCUGGGCUUUCAUCUAUCACGCGUUCGUUUUUCUCCUUGUGUUUGGUUGCUUGAUUUUGUCAGUAUUUUCUACUAUUCCUGAACAUACAUGGCUUGCCGCUAGUUGCCUCUUCAUUCUGGAAUCAGUGAUGAUUGUUGUCUUUGGUUUGGAAUUUAUCAUACGCAUCUGGUCUGCUGGCUGCUGUUGUAGAUACCGUGGAUGGCAAGGAAGAUUGCGAUUUGCAAGGAAACCUUUCUGUGUAAUAGACAUCAUUGUUCUCAUCGCUUCAAUAGCAGUUGUUUCUGCAAAAACUCAGGGUAACAUUUUUGCAACAUCAGCACUCAGAAGUCUUCGUUUCCUACAGAUUCUUCGUAUGGUACGCAUGGACCGAAGAGGAGGAACUUGGAAAUUGUUAGGCUCAGUGGUUUAUGCACAUAGUAAGGAAUUAAUCACAGCUUGGUACAUUGGAUUUUUAGUACUUAUUUUUUCAUCCUUCCUUGUCUAUCUGGUUGAAAAAGAUGCAAAUGCUCAGUUUUCUACAUAUGCAGAUGCUCUGUGGUGGGGCACAAUCACAUUAACAACAAUUGGUUAUGGAGAUAAAACGCCUCUUACUUGGCUAGGAAGGCUGCUUUCUGCAGGGUUUGCACUGCUUGGCAUUUCUUUCUUUGCAUUGCCUGCUGGUAUUCUAGGGUCAGGAUUUGCAUUAAAAGUACAGGAACAGCAUCGUCAGAAACAUUUUGAAAAGAGAAGAAAUCCUGCUGCCAGUUUAAUUCAAUGUGUAUGGCGUAGUUAUGCAGCUGAUGAGAAAUCGGUUUCCAUUGCUACCUGGAAGCCUCAUUUGAAGGCCUUACAUACCUGCAGCCCUACAAAGAAAGAACAAGGGGAAGCAUCAAGCAGUAAGCUUUAUAGUAAUAAACAGAAGCUCUUCAGGAUGUACACCUCUCGGAAACAUAGCUUGGGGAACUUUUCCAGCCAGAAGCUGAGCUUUAAAGAACGGGUGCGGAUGGCUAGCCCAAGAGGCCAAAGUAUCAAGAACAGACAAGCUUCGGUUGGGGACAGAAGAUCACCAAGUGCAGACAUUACUGCAGAGGGCAGCCCAACAAAAGUGCAAAAGAGUUGGAGCUUCAAUGACCGAACGCGCUUCCGGCCUUCACUGCGUUUGAAGAGUUCACAGCCUAAGCCAAUUCCAGAUACUGAUGCCAGUCUUGGUGCUGAUGACAUAUAUGAUGAAAGAGGAUGUCAGUGUGAUGUAUCAGUAGAAGAUCUAACCCCAGCACUUAGAACAGUUAUCCGAGCUAUCAGAAUCAUGAAAUUUCAUGUUGCCAAAAGGAAGUUUAAAGAAACUUUACGUCCCUAUGAUGUCAAAGAUGUCAUUGAACAGUAUUCAGCAGGACACCUGGAUAUGCUGUAUAGAAUUAAAAGUCUUCAAUCUCGGGUUGAUCAGAUUCUUGGAAGGGGACAAAUUACCACUGAUAAAAAAAAUCGAGAGAAAAAUACUGUAGAGAAUGAGACAACUGAUGACCUUAGCAUGUUAGGGCGCGUAGUCAAGGUGGAAAAACAGGUUCAAUCCAUUGAAUCAAAAUUAGAUUCAUUACUAGACAUUUAUCAACAGGUUUUGAAGAAAGGAUCUGUGUCUGCAUUGACUUUAGCUUCGUUUCAAAUGCCGCCUUUUGAAUGUGAUCAAACUUCUGGUUAUCAGAGUCCUGUAGAUAGUAAAGAUUUGUCUAAUUCUGCUCAGACUAGUGGAUCUGUUUCCAGAUCAGCCAGUGUCAACAUGCCAUGUGGCCUACAGCUUAUAUUGACACCAAAUGAAUUCAACACUCAAGCUUACUAUGCCUUUAGUCCAAUUAUGCAUAGUCAAGCCACACAGGUGCCAAGCGAUGGAUCUGUAACUCUGUCCACUAAUAAUGCACUAAACCAAAUAAACCAGACAUCUAAACCAACAGCACCCACUACAUUACAGAUACCCCCCUUUUCAUCAGUAAAGCAUAUCAAUAGGCUGGAGCCUAUUAAUUUUAUUCCUGUUAACACACAGGAAAAUACUCCUGAUGUCACCACUUGCCUUGUUGCUUCAAAGGAUAAUGGACAAAGUGCACAGUCCAGCAUGACAAAGGAUCUUUCAUGGAGAAAAAGCCUUGAUACAGAGAGUGAACCUCUAGUCUCUGUGAAACCAAUAGUACAAAUGGAUAUAGAAAAAUCACUGUCAGUACAAAAUCUUAUACCGUCAACAGCUGAAGAACUGAAUCUACAGAUUUCUGGAAGUGAUACCAGUAGUUCAAGAAGUAGCCAAGAACUAUAUAGCAAAUGGAGGGAAUCAAAAUUAUUUAUAACCGAUGAAGAUUUGGAAACAGAGAGAGAAAAUGAAACUUUUGAAACCAUUACCCACCCAUUAGUGGAAACAACUCUCUCUACUGACUCUCUAAGGACUGGAAUGUCAAGAUCAUCUCAAAGUAUUUGCAAGCCAGGAGACAGCACAGAUGUUCUCAGCCUUCCUCAUGUCAAACUUAAAUAACAUUUUGUUGGUUUUGUUCAAAGCUAAGUAAUCCUUGCAAGGCAUGGACAUUUUGAAAACCCUUUAAUUAUUUUUUAAAAAAUAAAUUAGUCCAGAAGAAAGGCACUUGUAUGAGUCCAUAUAUUUUAGUUGCAUGUAAAUGCAUGUGUAGAUGAUGGAAAAUAUUCUAAUUUAUACCUACAAUACAUUGGCAUUUUCAUUUACUACAGCAGGUAUAAAUGAGUUACCAACAAAGUUCAUGUUAGUUUUAUUAAACAUUUGGAAACCAUUGAGUUUUUACAGCUCAUAAGUAAAUUUCAGAUAAUAGGAAAGUAAUUUUGCCACUGGUUAAAAGCUAUUUAUUACCUGAAUUAGAUUGUAUCUAUGUUUACAAGGGGGAGGGAGGGAGUACUAUUUGCAGCUGCUAGUAAGAAAAACCCACAGUAUGAGAUUAGAAAUGGCUGCUAAUUGCAAGAUAAAAUUAUUCAGCUAUUUUAGAAGAAUUUUGAUUUCUAUAUUCAUUUGAUGAUGUAGGUACAAGAUUGAAUCAAAAUAUUUUGCACAGCACUUUUUUAGUUUUUUGUGACUGAAUUAUUAUUAUUACUGCUACUACUGCUUCUUUACCUUCUCCUUCUAUGAACUGUUCAAAAUUCCAGAUCAUAAUUGUUGAUCUUCAGUGUGAAAUUUUCUCUCUAACUUUCUAAAUUCAUAGAUGAUCUUGUGGAUCUAAACUAUAUGCCAGAAAUUCUGCAAGAAAUAGAUGUAAUACAGUGUAAUUAUUAUUUAAAUUAUUUUCUGUGGAUGAAUGAUAGCACAAUGAAGUUAGCAAAAAAGAGAAAGUGAUGGAUGAAAUGGGGAGAUAGAAGAAAAACGGUACAUAAGAAAGGAAAUAGUAAUUAUAAUACAAUUAUAAUUGUUAUACAGCAAGGUUAGAUAAAUAAUACUUUGUUUAAAAAUUAACACGUGCAGGAUCAAGUGAGGCCUAAAGAACAUAGAAAAGGAACUUAAAACCUUAUAAACUGAAGACUGUUUAUCUGUCCCCUCAUAAAAAAAAAGUCUAAUAAUCCAACUGAUCUGAUGGUGCUGAACAUUACCUGUCAGGUAUGUAUUGACAAGAGCUGAAAGUCUGGUCUGUUUUUAGUAUAGGAAACUAAAAACUAGUGCCUCCUUCUACUAUAUUUCUAGGAAUAUUCUCUUCCCAAAUCCAAUCCAUACUACUCUGUGAUACUGGCAGAAGAUUUUUGUUCUUCCAGACUCUCCUUUUUACUCCUGACAAUACAAGGAGACAAUACAAGGAGACAAUACUAAACAAAGUUACAAUUUCAUAGCUCUGUUUUGCCACUGAAUUAUUAAGAGCCUAAUGCUGUUUUAAUUGCUCUUCUUACUGAUAAGCCAAAUUUGCUAUUGUAUUCAUUAUUGAUGUUCACACACCCCCAAAGUACGUCAUGAGCAACGUGUCUUCUGCUUGAUAUUCUCUCGAUUCCAGAGGCAUUCCACAAACUGAAAAGUGCUACUAGCUCAGUGUCUUGAGUCAGUCCUGCUCUGAAAGUGAAGUUAUACAUCAAAAUAUCACAAGAGUCUUAAUCAUGAUUAAAUGCUGCAGAUUGUGCUACAAAUUAAAUUGUUUACUCCAUUAAUUUCUGCCUCUUUUUAUAUAGAUAAAUUGUCUGGAUGUUAAUCUUAUUCUGUGAAAGUACUCAUAAAUUGUAAAGUGUUUGUACUAUUUCCUUCAUAUAAAGAUGAUGAAUGCUAUUCGAGUUUUGGUUUGGUCAAAGCUCAUAUGAUAAUUUCCAGGGGAAGGUCUUGAAGCACACGGCCAGUCUUUUAAUUUCUCAUAGAAUAUUUUAUUUUAUAAUUUCAGUCUUGAAAGGUGAUGUUGGCAGCAUAUUUGGCAACAUUUAUAAUUGAAACAGUUAAUGCCUCUGAACUAAGCUGCUCUUUUUCAGUUGACUCUGUCUACUCUAGCUGCCAAACCAAAUGAAAGAGGGGUAUUGGCGAAUUCUAUACAAAUAGUCCUUGACUUACAAUUUCCGUUGUAAGCAAGGUGGUUGUUAAAAGAGUUGCACCCAAUUUUAUGACCUUUUUCUGCUAGGGUUGUUAAGUUAAUCACACAGUCACUUAAGAGUCUGGUUUCCUCCAUAGAUUUUGUUUAUUGGAAAACCAUUAGGAAAAUCGUAAAUCACAGGACCACAGGAUGUUGCAACCUAAAUGCAUGUAGGUUGCCGAGCACCUGAAUUUUGAUAAAUGGCCAGUGGAGAUACUGUGAUGGUUUAAGUGCAAAUGCCGGUUGUAAGUCAAUUUUUUUUCAGUGUAUUGCAACUCUGAACAGUCACUAAAUGAAUGGUUGUAAGUCAAGGACUGUAAUACGGCUGUUUAUAGGGAUGAACAGUCUCUGCCCUUCCUCCCCUGUGAAACCUGAACCUACAGGUACUCGUUCCCUUCCCAAAUCUGGCAAAAAUACCAAAACUACUUCCAAAUUGGGGUGUAUGUGCUGUGUGGCCUGCCAAAGAUUUUAAAAAUAUGGCAGUAUUCUCUGUAAAAGCCCUCCCUCUUUCAGUGUUUUAUAGUGCCUUUUUAUGCUUUGUGUGUAUUAGCCUAAAUUUGCAUUAAAGCUUCUCGGAAUAGCUAAUGCAAAGGAAGAAGGCAAACAACCCAUUUAGUGAGACAUUUCCCUUUCUAAAUAUACAGUUGAGAAAAUUAUCCUGCCAUAUAUCUGCACGGACACCAACCAGCCUUCAAAGCCCCAUUUCCAGUAUCAGCAGAGUAGUUUGCAGUUUGGUGAUUCUCUGCUAUUAUUGCCUUAAUUAAAAGACAUGGCUGAGUCUUCAUAAUGUUAAUUAUGUAUAUAAUGUCUGUGAAACUGAAUGGCUCUUAAAGGGACACCAAUCAGGAAUAUCCUUACAAACUUACAGCUAACAUUUAUAUUACCCCAGCCCCUUGUUCAUGGGAAGAUUUUACAGGUAAUGUUUCAAAAAAAAUCCUUUGCUUUUUUUUUUUACUGCUGAAAGUUUUUUUAAUGAAUAUAUGUAAAUUUUAACCUGAAUAUUAAAUAGGAGAAUAAUGUUUCUGACUGUAUCCUCAGGCUGGAAUUCUUAUACGUAGCUGGAAGUCUUACAGUGUUGAAAUUCUUUUUCCUACCACAAAUAACAAAAUCAAAUGUUAACAAAAAAUCCUUAUUUAAGUAUUUACUGAGCUCCUGUUGUGCCCUUGCUUACAACGGAAAAAAGAGUCUUCUUUUUUCUUGCUGAAUAUUACUGACUAUGAUAAUAAAUGUGCAGUUAGGGAUAAAGUGGGGAACAAAGCCAGUAUUUCCACUAAUAUUCUAAGAGCCUUCCAGUAUAUCUUACAAUGCAUUGCUGCAUAAGAAAGCUAUAAAAAGAACCUCACAAAAUGGGGAAAAUCUAACCUUUAAAAAAAACUUGGGGGUUACAGUAUAAAUCGAAGACAGGGGUCUUAAUCAAUCCAAGCCACCUCCAGGGGCUGACUGCUAUCUGUAAGCAAGUGAAUGCACCAUUCUGCAGUGCAGAAUAAACUGGCCCUGAAUCACUUGGGGUGAGUCUGGAGGCCUGGUGAAGAGUCUCUUCAUCCUUGAUGUAUACAAAUAUUUUAAUUGUCCUGACCAUAUCUUUCAGCCUCAUUAGGUAGACCAGACAGGACGCCAUGACAAGAUGAGCUAAUUCUACUUUAUUAUAAAGCUACAUCAGCAGAACCUUUAGCAAGUCUGAAAAUGACAUUCUCCCUUCCUCUCCUUUAACAGCAAGAAACUAGGGAAAGUCUGUUCUGAGCCUCUUGCAUGAUCCAUUAUCCAGCUGCAGACUCUGCUGUCUCUCAUCUGAUCAUUUCCUAGGCAGCGCUCCUUGGCCCAUUCUACCAAGGUUUUUCCCCAUAUGCCAUUAAAAUUUAGUGUUCCUUGCUUGAAGAAGGAAUCAAGUAAUUUAUAUUACAUCCCUAACAAAUAUUUGUUUUUUUCUGGUUUGUAUUUUAUUUAACUAUGAAUAGCAUUUUCCAUUAUAAGGCAGAGAUUAUACACUUUUACUAACACUGGUCAACUGUUUAUUUAUACAAGAUUACAUAAAUCGACUGCUGUCAUUAAAUAGUGUGACAGAUACUUAAUUGUCUUCUGUGACUAGGGAAAUUAUUAUUAUCUCUUAAAAUGUGCUAUAUCCGGAUUCAGCCUUUGUUCUAAAUAAAUAUUCCUAUUUGUUUCCUCAACGUAAGAGUUGUGCCCAUUUAAAGUAUAGAAGUUAAAACUAUUACUUUUGCUAAGUAUAUCUUUAAUCUGAAAAUGUUGGUAUUCCAAUUAUUUCCUGAGGAAAAUUAAUACUUAUGUCACAUAUGUCACAUUGACUCUGAACAUUAAUGUACAAAAUACCAAAUAGGGAUAAAGGGAAUAAACUUUUUUUUUACAAAAUGUUGAAAAACGUAGAAUUUAGGAGACAAAAGAAAAUAUGUAAGCAAAAGAAUAAAGAAAUAUGAAUCCGUUUUCUCCUAUUUGAACUACAGUGAGUUAAAUGGGGCAUACUUCAUAGGUUGUACACAUUAAUUAAUGUCAAGAUUGCUGUAACUUUUUAAAUUGUUCAACAGUAUUUACAAAGUUCCCAACCAUUUAAAUUUGUAUUUAUUUCCAUAAGCCAAAAGCCACCAGUAUCGCCAUAAAGUUCAGGCCUGGCCCAGAGAGAGCAAUUGAUUCUCUAACUAUGAUAAAAUAUAAAGGACAUUUCCACCGAUGUUAGAAUGGCUUCAACCAUCACAAUAAAAUACAGCGUUCAUUGUAAUUACAUGAUAAAAUGUCCAUAUUAUUGUUAAUAAAAUUGAUUUUAAAAACUA